AUGAUGACGUAUAUUGUAUUAAUUUUAAGUACUAUUUUUGUUGUUAGUUUUGUUGGGUUUUCCUCUAAGCCUUCUCCUAUUUAUGGGGGGUUAGGGUUAAUUAUUGGUGGUGGGGUUGGAUGUGGAAUUGUGAUAAGUUAUGGUGGGUCUUUUUUAGGAUUAAUGGUGUUUUUGAUUUAUUUGGGUGGGAUGUUGGUGGUUUUUGGCUAUACCACUGCUAUGGCUACGGAGCAGUACCCCGAAGUUUGGGUGUCUAAUAAGGUUGUGUUGGGAUCUUUUAUUUUUGGUUUGGUUAUGGAAGUUGUGUUUGUAUUGUGUGUGUUGAGUGGGGAUGGGUUUGAGGUUCUGUUUGAGUUUAGUAGUAUGGGGGAUUGAGUAGUCUAUGAUGUUGGGGAUUCAGGGGUUGUUAGUAAGGAGGCAGUGGGGGUGGCUGCUUUAUAUAGUUAUGGGGCUUGGUUGGUGGUUGUUACUGGGUGGUCUUUAUUAAUUGGGGUUGUAGUUGUUAUGGAGGUUACUCGUGGAAAUUAA